AUGACUACUUCCCAUAGACCACAACUGGAGGCCAGAAAUGGUGGAAAGAGCGCCGCCUAUACGCCAACUUCUAUCCAACAUGCUCGACUACUUCCUGGCCAUAAUAAGCUGAAAUUACGUUCGAAAACGAAGGGUAGAUCUAAAAAUGCUUCACCUUCAAAGUUAAAUACAGAAAUUGAUGAUGAUAAGAAUGCAGGACGUAACUUUUUGGAACUCCCUGAUAAAGAAACGGCUAAAGGUACAUCUGUAAGUACUGAAGAUGAAUCAUCUGAGGAUGAGGAUGAGGAGGAAGAUGAGGAGGAGGAGGAAGAGCUAAGAAAUGAGCUUUACAAAAUAAGACAAGAGAGAGAACAAAAGGAAAAAAUGCUGAAACAAAACUUUAUAAAGAAGGAGGAAGAAGGAAUUGACGAGUCGAUCUUGUCUAUACCGAAAGGCAAGAAGUCUUGGAGAGAUAAUUCAACGUUUUCAAGACAUAAAGUCUCAAAGAAAAGUUCCAACAAAAAUACAGAAUAUAUCAACAAUAUGGGGAAAUCCAAGUACCAUCAAGACUUUCUUCGCAAGUUUGUCAGAUGA